AUGUUUCUUGCUCUUCCAAGCUCAUUGGACCUGGCGCAGACCAGUACGUACCGCUCACCAUCGUUUGUACCCACACUGAUGCCCAAACGCUUCCGUUCACGAAACACCACCACCACCGCCAUGCUCUCGCCCCGAUCACGAAGCUGUAACUGGCACAGAUCGGAUUCGACUCAGCUGCAGUCCGAUAUAGUCCGACUGCCCGAUCUGACCCCGACCGAAUCGGGGUAUCAAGCUCGGGGUUUGUCGCUCGCGAAACUGACCGGUCGUACUAACAAACGCUGGGAACGAAGUAAAACGAUUCAAGUGAAAUGGCAGAACUUCAUCGGGCAAUUGGAUCUGGAGUACAGUCCGCAUCCGCCACCACCAAGCCCGGUAUGCAAAUCACGAAUCAGCCGACUGUCCCAAGGCAAUCCUUCUGUGGUCAGUUUUCCUUGUGGUCAAAUGGAAAUGCACUGGAAAGUUCCGGACCACGGGGAUGGUUCAGGUGACUGCGAGUAG